AUGGCUUCCUUCGCUCCUUCCAUUACUUUUGCUUUCGGUUCAGACGCGCGGGUUGCUUUCUCUGAGUCCCUGCUCGCUAGUCCGCCAGUUGGAGGGAUCACUUUUGGUUCCUUCACUGACUUGGCCUUCGUCACUCUUGGCGAGCCGACCCCGGCGGAGGCUGCUGCAUUCUCUCCUCCUCAGAGGAGAGGACGCGCAGUCAUGCGCCCUUUCGGACGACCAGCUGCUCGACGGACAGCCCGGGCACCUGCUCGUCCCGUUCAUGUACUUGCGCAGCCAGUGCGCGCUGUGGCUAGGCGACCAGUGCCUAGGCCACAUCCUGUUUCAGUUGUUCGUCCUGCGAUUAGGCGUCCAGUGCCUAACGCUCCCGCUGCGCAGGUUGCCCCGGCCCCUCAGCGCCGGCAGCCUGCUGCAGUUGUUCCACCUGUUCGUGGUGGCAGGGACGGUCAUGGGCGAUUGCGACCUCAUCGAGGCCUGGCGCUGUGCUUGGUUGCACAGCUGGCCCCGGCCCCUCAGCGCCGGCAGCCUGUUGUUGUUACUCCCGUUGUUCCGCUUUCUCACCCCGAGACUAUCGGGCAGACCCCGUCACUUCCAGUCGUCCCUGUUCCCCCUGCCACCCAGGCAGUGGGUUCAGAUGUCCUUUCCACCUCCACCUCCGGCCUUGGGAGAAGGGCCCGGAGGAAUAGGAAUAGGAGGUUGCGUUUAGCUGCGUCCUAG